CCUCUCUCGAUUUUCGCACACCUGGCAGUCCACGAGUCGUACGCCCUCUCGCUCUCGCCUCGCUCUGGCCCUCCACAGCCUCUGCUGCCCGCAAUCUUGGCAGCUUAAGUCGCGCUAGGCUUGGCUCUGGAUAGCGGACAGCGGACAGCGGCAGCACAGCAGAGCGGACAUCACAACCCACCCGACUCUCCCUCGCCUUGCAUUGCCCGCUGCACCACCGCCCUCUCUGCCCGCGCCGCCCGCCUCCCUCCCUCCCUCCCUCACGCUCCCUGCAUUAUCUACCGCGUUCGUGUGCGCAGCUCCCGGCGAGCAUUGCGGAAUACCACAGCUGUGCGCAUCGCAGCAGCAACGGCACUCUGAGGCCAGGCCAGGGCAGGAACAACAGACCGACUCCAGUGCAUUCUCGCAGCCCUGGCGCAGCUCCGUGAGCAGCGCUAGCCCUAUCGUCGGCACACCACACUCCCUCCUACCAUUACCAACCCGCCGGGCCCACCCUGGGAUACUCGACGCAUGAUGAAGGGCUUCAGGCAGCGCGUGCAUGACCAGCUCUCGCGGAACAAGGACCGAGAGGGCAACAAGUUGGCGAAGAAGGGCGGCAAAGAUGGCUCCUCGGGCACCGCAUCCCCCCACGCCGGCUCCAGCACACACUCGCCUGCCGGUUCUGCCCAUGCCACGCCGACUUCUUCCACCAGCAACCUCGUCGACUCGCGCAAUAAGCCAUUGCCCUCCGAUGCGCCUACGCAAUCACACCCAGGCGCGCCAAUGCCUGGUCAGCAACAGAUGAACACGGGCCCCAACUCAGGCCACUUCCCACAGCACGGCAAUGCUGCCGCAAACCCCUCCAAUUCUGCACCAAAUCAGCAGGGAGGUGCGUCUACACCAGGCAGGUUGGGACAGCUCGCUCCUAGCGUGGUAAUCUCUCCUAGUGCCCCUCACAUUCCUCCACCAGGCGCCGCCGAAACCAUGCCGCACGACCUCGCGCCGCCAAAGGCUGGCCAGAAGAGCUUGUUGUUCGAUCGAUUGCAAGCCACGCCCAAAGACACGGUGCCUGAAGGUAUUAGGACGCCUAAACGACAGCACUCGUCACGCUUCGAUAUCUCAGACCAAAGGCAGCGUGAGCUCGAGAAGCUCCCGGGCUUCCAUGAAGUCCCGCCCAACAGGAGACAGGAGCUGUUCAUGCAGAAGCUUGAUCAAUGCAAUAUCAUAUUCGACUUUAACGAUGCGUCUGGUGACAUGAAGAGCAAAGAGAUCAAGCGACUGGCGCUACACGAGCUUCUGGACUAUGUCGCGCAGAACCGACAGGUCAUAUCGGAGCCCAUGUACCCGAGAGUCGUCGAGAUGUUUGCGAAGAACCUUUUUCGCCCCAUCCCGCCUCCGAUGAACCCUCAAGGCGAAGCGUUUGAUCCUGAGGAGGAUGAACCCGUCCUCGAGGUCGCAUGGCCUCACAUCCAAGUCGUCUACGAGUUCUUCCUUCGCUUCAUAGAAAGUCAGGAUUUCAACACCAACUAUGCGAAGCAGUACAUCGACCAUAGUUUUGUGCUGCAGCUGCUCGAGCUGUUUGAUUCUGAAGAUCCAAGAGAAAGAGACUUCUUGAAGACCACACUACACAGGAUAUACGGAAAAUUCCUCAAUCUGCGAUCUUUCAUCAGAAGAAGCAUCAACAACGUCUUCUUUCAAUUCAUAUAUGAGACGGAGAGGUUUAAUGGUAUCGCGGAGUUACUGGAAAUUCUUGGCUCCAUCAUCAAUGGCUUCGCUUUGCCGCUCAAGGAAGAGCACAAACUCUUCCUCACACGAGUGCUCAUUCCUCUGCACAAAGUGAAGAGCUUGAGCAUGUAUCACCCACAGCUGGCAUACUGCAUUGUUCAAUUCCUGGAGAAGGACGCAGCGCUCACAGAGGAAGUCGUGUUGGGAUUAUUACGAUACUGGCCGAAGGUCAACAGCACGAAGGAGGUCAUGUUCUUGAACGAGGUCGAGGAUAUUUUUGAGGUCAUGGAUCCGGCCGAAUUUGCCAAGGUCCAGGAGCCGCUGUUCAACCAGCUCGCAAAGAGCGUCGCAAGCCCACAUUUCCAGGUCGCCGAGCGUGCCCUCUAUUUCUGGAACAAUGAGUACUUCUGUAAUCUUGUGAGCGACAAUGUUGAUGUGAUUUUGCCGAUAAUGUUCGCACCUCUAUACGAAAACUCGAAAGGUCACUGGAAUCGAACCAUACACGGCAUGGUAUACAACGCCAUGAAGCUGUUCAUGGAAGUAAACCCACAAUUGUUCGACGAGUGCUCGCACGAGUACACCGAGCAACAAAACAACGCAGAAGCUGUCAAGGCGAAUCGACAAGCGAAGUGGGACCGGCUGUCGCAACUUGCCGAUCAAAUGAAGCAGAAUGGGCAUGCUCCAGCGGUACGCCCUCCCAAUGCAUAUGGCAACACAUCGAAAAGCCCUAUGCGAAGCGAAGACGGAGAUCUGACCUCCAUGGAACGACUCCGCUUACAGGACGACAGGAGAGCUGAAAGACACACCAAUUCGGUACGUGGAUGAGAAGCUCGAGCCUACCUCGCACACGCUGCACUCAUCCCCAACAUACUUACUCUCUUGAAAAUGACCUUCUCCUUUGUAUAUUCGAUCACAUGCGCGUAUGCACUGCAUCGCAAGCACCUGUGUCUGCCUUGCAUUGCAUCGCGUUGAUCCUCUUCGUCCUUGUCUCUUUACAUGCAUGGAAUGACAGUCAUGUCAUGGCCUUUUGUUCUGAUUGGAUUUGGCGCGAAUUUAGAAGCGUUCCCACGGCAGCAAAAGUCAGCAUCAACACACGUCGUCAGCGUCGGAUCGACCUAGCACGGGCAACAGGUCGCGAAGCAAUAGCAAAUCGAGCAAUGCUGCGAAUUGAGUCGCAUGCUAGCAUUACUCUUGGGAGGAAAUGGAACGAGGCGGGAGUCUUCUUUCGUGGGGUUUGAAAUGAAGCGUCUUAGCUUGCGGUGUGGACCGAACGAACGCCUGAGCAUGGCGUCUGAAUACCUAGAAGGAUAGGAGUUUAUGAGAUGGUAUCCUACCAAUGUCAGCGAAAUAUUGCUCAGCAAAACAAUCAACACCAGUG